CGCCGCCGCCGCCGCCGCGCUCGGACGGGGCGCUGGGCCGGCGAGGAUCGGGGCCGCUGGGCCCUGAGGGCCGCUCGCCUUCCCUGGGAUGGAGCUCGGCGAGCAGGAGGAGAGCAGGAAGGAGCACUGGAAGCUGCUGGGCAACCUGAAGACGACCGUGGAGGGCUUGGUCUCGAUCAACAACCCCAAUGUCUGGUCUAAGUAUGGAGGCCUGGAGCGGCUCUGCAGGGACAUGCACAGCAUCCUGCAUCACGGACUCAUCCCGGACAAGGUGUGCUGCCGGCAGAGGGAUUACUGGCAGUUUGUGAAGGACAUCCGUUGUCUGAACCCACAUGCUGCUCUGCACGUCAAGGAGUUUAUCGAUCUGCACGAGGACGGGCAGCAGAGCGCCGAGAGCGCCAGCGGGCGAGCCCUUGCGGAGCGCUGGCUGCAGCACAGCCUGCAGUUCCACUGCCUGUCGGCUCAGCUGAAGCCUCUGCUGGGGAACAAGGAGUACAUCCGGAAGUUCUACGCAGACUCGGCUUUUCUGCUCAGCGACACCCACGUCACGGUCAUGCUGCAGUGCUUGGAGGCCGUGGAACAGAACAAUCCCCGGCUGCUUGCGCAGAUCGAUGCGUCCAUGUUCGCCAGGAAAAUCGAGGCCGCCUCCGUGCCUGUGGCGAAGAGCCAGAGUCUCACGGCGCUUCCUGGAUCCGUGUGCACCCCUCCGGUUGAAUGCACGACCCACCGGUGUUUCGGCUCCUUCUCAGGUCUUCACUCAGCCUCUGCCGGCAUCCAAGACCGGAGACUAUCCGGCACCUUGGUUUGCAGCAGCGCCAGCCAGCCUCAGGAAAAUGCCCCGUGUGCCUCCUCCCCCUGGCAGCCGGAGGGCAGGUCCCUCCAGCGCCUCUCGGUCCCUCUUCCGCACCUCACCGUCUCCAGCCCAAAGGACUCCUCCCCAGCCGGCGAGCUGAGCGCCGGCACCUCCGCCAACCAAAGGGACGACCCCUGGGCCAGCGGCCAGGAUGACACAGACGGCCCGGAGUACCUGGCCAUCGGCAACCUGGGCCGGCCGAGCCGCGGGCGCAGCAGCUCCAGCGAGUCCAGCAUGGCCACUGCCCACAGUGCCGGGAGCAGCAGCUCCAACCUCUUCUCGUCCAGCAGCUCACAGAAGCAGGAGUCGGUUUCCUCCCUGGGGGAGCGGGGAGCCAGCGGUGGCAGCGGCGGCAGCCGGGGGACGAGCCUCUUGCGCAGGUCCAGCUUCUCCGAGGGACAGACGUCCUCCUCCCAGGGGCUGCCCAGGUGGAGCCACUUGCGCUCCCACUCGGACACCAGCGUGGCCUCCGGGAAAGCCCACGGGGGGCACCGAGAGAUCAGCAUUAUAAUAGAAGAUCCGGUGGCAGAGUCCAACGGGGAUCUUCCGAGGUUCAAAAGCAGCACGUCCUGUUCGGUUCGGAGCGGCGAAGUGAGCGCCACCAACUCGAUCUACAUGGAAUACGAUAUGGGGCAAUAUCUGCACUCUGGGGAAGGCUUGUUCCGGAGGCCCUCAGAAGGCCAAUCCCUGAUCAGUUACUUGUCGGAGCAAGAUUUUGGCAGCUGUGCGGACCUGGAAAAGGAGAACGCUCACUUCAGCAUCUGCGAGUCACUGAUCGCCGCCAUCGAGCUGAUGAAGUGCAAUAUGAUGAACCGGCAGCUGGAGGAGGACGAGGAAGACAGCGACAAGGAGAUCCAGGAGCUGAAACAGAAGAUCCGCAUCCGGCGGCAGCAGAUCAGGACACGGAACCUGCACCCGGCUUACCAGAUGGGCUCGGACAGUCUUAUGGCAACUGACAGCGGAUCCCACUUCAGCUCCCGGGACUCAACGCGGCUGUCUGACUCGGGCUCUGCAGAAGAUGUGGAUGAGUAUGAGCUCCGAGAUGGUAACGAUGGAUCUAACCUGAUUCAAAUGUCCAAGAGUGGUCUCUCCGUCUCAAUGGCUUCCCUGUUCUCAGAUGCAGACAUCAAGAGGCAUGCCGCUCCCAGCAAGAAGUCCAUGCACUCCGCUAGCUUCACCGCCCACUCCUUCCUGCACUCGAACUCCGCGGAGGCCGUGGCCAUGGGCUUGCUGAAGCAGUUUGAGGGGAUGCAGCUGCCGGCGGCCUCGGAGCUGGAGUGGCUCGUGCCCGAGCGCGACGCACCGCAGAAGCGCCCUGGACUGUCCCUUACAAAGCUUUUUAAGCGGCCCAAGUGGUAUAAGAAAAGACAGCUUUCCAAAAAGCUGCUGCUGCUGCUGCCCAUCCCGGAUUCCGUGCCCAUCUCGCCUGACGAUGGAGAACACGCAGACAUCUACAAGCUUCGCAUCCGGGUUCGAGGGAACCUGGAGUGGGCGCCGCCACGGCCCCAGAUCAUCUUCAACAUCCACCCAGCUCCGACGAGGAAGGUGGCCGUGGCUAAGCAGAACUACCGCUGUGCGGGUUGCGGCAUCCGGACAGACCCAGACUACAUCAAGCGCAUGCGCUACUGCGAGUACCUGGGCAAGUACUUCUGCCAGUGCUGCCACGAGAACGCUCUGAUGGUCAUCCCCAGCCGCAUCCUGCGGAAGUGGGACUUCAGCAAGUACUACAUCAGCAAUUUCUCCAAGGACCUGCUCAGCAAGAUCUGGAACGACCCGCUCUUUAACAUGCAGGACAUCAACGCUGCCCUGUACCGCAAGGUGAAGCCGCUCAACCAAGUCCGGCUGCUGAGAAUUCAGCUGUACCACAUGAAGAACAUGUUCAAGACCUGCCGCCUGGCCAAAACGCUUCUGGACGCCUUCGAUGCCGUGCCCGGUCACUUGACGGAGGACCUCCACCUCUACUCCUUGAACGACCUGAACUGCACCAAGAAGGGAGAGCUCGUUCCCCGCCUGACAGAGCUCUUCAGGGCGGGCACGCUACAUGUCGAGAAGUGCAUGCUCUGCCAGGCCAAGGGCUUCAUCUGCGAGUUCUGCCAGAACGAGGAGGACAUCAUCUUCCCCUUCGAGCUGAAUAAGUGCAGGACGUGUGAAGAGUGCAGGGCCUGCUAUCACAAGGGCUGCUUCCGGUCGGGGCCCUGCCCCAAGUGCCAGCGGCUGCAAGCUCGGAGGGAGCUGCUGGCCAAGCAGAGCAUGGCGGCGGACAUCUCAGACUACGAGCAGGAGCAGGAGGAGGGAGACGACGAGGAGGAGGCCACAGCCGGCGCGACCACGUGACAGCGGAGGGGCUCUGGCUCGGUGCCCGGCCUAUGCCUGGAGAGAGGGACUUGACCGCCGACUUGCACAGACUCUCCCGUGGCCAGUGGGCCCAGCGGAUGGCCGGUCCCCAAGGGGUCUGUCGCACUUGGCUCAGGAGGUUUCCCUGCCCUGGCCGUCCGAGCUGCAGGCCUGCGGAGAGAACGGCCCGGCUGCCAUGCCCGGGCGCAGUGGGAAGCUGAGCGGAGCUGCCGCCGUGAGCGGAGCGGGACCGCUUCGCUUGUGUCCCCGACUGCUGUGCCUCAGCCUCGCCUCCCCCACCAGGAGAAGCUGGGCACGGGGGGCAUGCCGUGCCCUCCCGGAGGGAGAUCCACCCCUGGACGGCUUCGGUUGCUGUAUUUACUGCUGUGUGCUACGUGAGGCGGCAGUCAGCGAGGUUUUCCCUCUGCCAAAACCGUUGCCUAUAACUCUGCGUCUUCUGCUGCUGAAGUUCCCUUCUCCAAACCUGUUUUGUGCCUGCGGUAUUCGAGAUGAGGUGGGGAAGCCGGAGGAGAGGGGCAUCGGGCCUUCCCAGCCAGCACUGCUGCGGGUGCUGGAGGAAAUGGACGGGUGGCCAGGAGGCCAAAGCCUUGGUUAGGGGCUGCACCUGCGAGCAAGUCGGCUCCAUUUUCUACGCCUUCUCAAACCGGUCUGUCUGUUCCCUCCACCCUCGCCACAUACGCUCAGAUGAGAUGCGCCACCGGCCCGGUUUCCUUGCCUCCUUCCCCCAAUCCUCUUCUUUCCACCUGCCCGAAACAUCUGUUCCCAGCAGCAGCAGCAGCAGCACGGGCGGCUGCCUGAGGUUGGGCCAUCCACUUCCAGGGCCCUGGGUGGUCCCUCAGACCUACAGAGGAGAGCCUAGGGUUUUCCUGAUGUUGAUGAUCAGGUGGGCCAUCUCUGUAUCUUUUUGACUUCGACUCCCAGGACCCCGCCAGCAUGGCUAGCCGGAGGUGCCUUUCCAUUUCUGCAGCACAGGAGACUCCGUGUUACUGACCGUGUUUGAAGUGGGAAGUCAGGCAGGUCACGAGGCUGGGGAGCAGCCUAUCUUCAGCCGGCCACAGAGCUCUCGUCCCGCUUGAGGCGACCGGUCCGGGAGCAUGGUGGGAGCACGACAGCGAGAGCGCUUGGGGCAUGGCGGUCACUCUUGCACGGUGAGACGGAGGUCGUUCUCGGCCUGUGGAAUUGGGGCCUGUCCUGGAGAGGCCGGCUGAGCCCUGCACUGCACAGAGUCCGCUGCAGUCAGAGAUGCGGGACUCUCGCACGUGCUCAGAGGCCGUCCGCAGCGGCUUUGCUCUGCGGUGGCUCGGAAGCUCCCUUUGCUCUCCUGCCCUCCUCCCGCUCUGGCAUCCAGGCAGCCGUUCUCUGACGGGCCUCCUCCCUCGCUCUGCCUUCGGCCGUUGAGCCGCUUAGUCGGCUCCUGUUCACUUGCCGCUGGAAACGCAAGCGCUCGCCAUCCCAUCCGCCUCCGUCCAUCAGCGCGGGAGUCUUCUGCUUUUCUUCCCUGCUUUUUGGGUGCUCUUUCUCGGAGCUCUUGACGAGUAGGUUGCAUGCCCUUGCUCCGCAGUGGGGAGCCAGUGGAAGGCCAGCCCAGAGGCAGUCCUGCAUGCAAGCCUCCGACCCUUACGUGCUGCCACAGACGUGAGCAGCUGAGGUUCACAGGUCCAAGUUCCGGCUGCCUCGAAAGGCCGGCUGCAUCCCCAGUGCCACAGAGCCACACGCCGUAUCCUCCCCCCCGCCCCAGGGAUCCCACUGCUCCUCUGCCUGCCUGCCGUUUGCCGUGGCUGCUUGGGCCACAAACCCAGCUGCCGGUUUCCUUACUAUACUCGCCAUCAGUCAGAGGACGACGGUUCCAGCAGCUUCACUUUCACCUUGGCCAAGCUCAGCCUUUCCUUUUGGAAGCGGCAGAUGUGCCGAGAAGCGGAAGACGCACACGUGGGCCAUGCUCCGGGCAUGUCUCUGACUUGAGUGCUCUUAUCUGACUUAGUCGCGCCUCUGGGGAAAGCACGCACCCGCCUUGCUGCAGUCCGUUUACAGGCGCUUGGCCGGAGUCGCUUCACACACACCUAGAUGGCGCGAACUGACAACUUCAGCCACGCGUCUCUAGAUCAGCUAUGCUCCUGCAGUCCCAGUUUGGGGGGAAGUAAAGUCUGAAGGCUGACAGGACCUCAGUCUUGCACUGGCAGGGAUGGUGCGGGCUCUGCCUCCAUGCCGGGUCCGGCGGUGCCCCACGGAUUCCUCACCGGCCUGUUGGAAUGCGUGGUCCUUGGCACGUGUCCCUUUUUCUGAGCUCGCCUUUGUGCCGCCAGAGAAAGGCCCUCUUGCCACGUGGCCGGACUUUCAAGGGCAGCUCAGACUUGGACCUGUGAGCCUCAACCGCUCAUGGAGAAACAGGUGGUUUGUGGAAGCACGUGAGGGUCAGUGGAUCGCCUGAAGGGAGAAGUGGCUUGGCAUAUUGUCCCCAGCAUGUCAUUAAACCAGGAGAGGGUGGAAUUCUGGGUCAAGUGGCGCAACCCAGAAUCUCCUGGGGGCAGCUUUUGCGCGAGCUGCAGAAAUGGCAAGAUACUAUUUUUUAAGAACCAUUUCCGGCAUCGUGUUCUUUGCCCUGCCAGACACACAGAGGUUUAUCCAGUGACUAAACCCCGAUUAAAAGUGAUACACAGUUGUCAGGCAAAAGUGACUUUGCCAGGAUCUUAAGGUUUGCUUUAACUAAAACAAUUUUAUUUCAAAAGUCAUUAACCCCACCUCUGCUUUUAAAAAAAGAAAAUCACAAGAUUGGUGGCUUUAACUCCGUGUUUGCAGAGCGUCAGAAAGCUGUCCUUUCCUGCUUCCUGCUAGAAUUGGCACUGAAAGAUGCUGGUGUUGUUUCGUAACUGCGUUUGCUUACUUCAAGGUCACCUUGCCGUCUGGCCCAGAGCCGGGCUUCGGAUGGGGUGGAAAUACCUACUGCGGGUUUGACACCUUCCGAGUACCGCAGAUGGCGCGGGCUGUUCAUUCCAGGCUUUAGAAGGGACACACUGAUAUCAUUGGCAACGAAACGUACAGGAUGGUGGGGGCUUGGUUGGUAGUUUGGCCUGUUCGAGGGCCAGGCCGGGGGGAAGCGUCCCCCAAACAGGCUGCUUGGAGCAGUCGGAGCAGCCGAGCAGAGCGCAGGCAGGUGCCUGGACUCGCAGCAGGUUGCUUGCUUGUGUGAUGGGGCAGGAAGGGAUGGAAAUGCAGCAGAACUUGGUGAAGCGGGCACGCGAGAGUGCGGGCUUGGAAUCCCCGGGACAGCUUUGCCUGAUGGCCCACCCACCCCACCCCACCCCACCCCUUCGGAGAGAGAGGACCCUUUGCCCUCAUUGCAGUGCCCACGCAGUUGCUGUUCCCCCUCCCAAGGAGCACGAAGCAUGUUAGCCUGAAGGUGUAAGGAAGCUGGCUUCCACACUUCUCCUGAUCUCCAAGAUUUUUGUUUUAGCAACGUGCGUGUGAGCUUCGCAACAUGGUCCAUGCUGUGUCCUCUUCCCGACCGACUUAAUCAGAGAACCUUUGAGAGCUUCCCAGGGACUCCAUUUUCUGGAUAACCUUCAGCAGCUCCCAUAGAACUGACAAACCAGAUUGCAGAGUUCUUCCUUGCACCCCUGAACAGUUCUUCCGUUUGCAGGACCAAACGACAGGCUGUAUCCAUCAUGCGCUUGAACAACGCCACCUAACCUGGCAGCUUUUAUUUUGGAGGGGGAAAGAGGCGAAUCGGACCCCUUUCCAGAACAUGCCCCUGACCCAGGGUGGAGUCCUACAGCUUCCACUUCUCUCCUGAAAGCAGCCAGGUUAGCCACACCUGUUGAAAUGCGUGACUCGCAUCAGGUGUGCUUUAGACCCCAGCUGUGCCUCAUCGGAGACUUUUGCCUGAAACAUUCAAGAUUGACCACACAGCAGCCCUCGAACGGAUUGGAUUGUCUCCAGUCUGCUGCCUCUCAGAUGUAAGACUUCUCGAUAUUUUUUUGGGGGGGGGGGGUUGUUUUUGAAAGCACUUUUAACACUCCGGGACAUUUCUUCUAUUUUGCCUCUGUUUGAUAGCUUUUUUCUAGGAGCACUGAUUCUGUUUAGGAAACAAGCAGGUGUGUGGGAGGUUGUGUUUUAUGUGAAAGUGUUAAAGGCUCUUUCUGCAAUGGCCGGAAAGCCCAAAGGGAGGACGCCACACACAGCGGAGGCGUUAAGAUGAACUUCCCAACACCUGUGAAGCUGUGAUGGAUUCCUGGUUGCCACAGCCCUGCAGGAUGACUACUAAUUAUAAAUACUGUAGCUGGUAUGUGAAAACUCUUUGUAAAGGAACAGUCGCAGUGUUCGCCGAAACUGGAUACCCCUCUGCUGUUCCAUUGCACAACGUAACUUUGAAAUGCCGUCCAUGAUAAAAUACAUUUAAAAGGAA